CUGUUGCUAAGUAACCAGCAACGCUCCAAGAAUUCCAAGAUGGCGACAACACAACGCAACGGACAGUAAAUGAAUGUUUUUAUGUUUUAAUACAUUGCAGACCCGCUAAAUAAGCAGUGAUUUAACACAACAGUGACUGAUCAAGCAUAGAGCCUCACAGCCAAGAUGGAGGAUGAAGAAACAGCGUUGGCGCUGAUCAGGUACUACUGCUAUGAAAAGUAUUUAAAUCACGCUGUAAACGCUGCAGCAGCUGCCCAGAGGAAAUUCAGCAAUGAUCCUGUUUAUAGUUUUUACCAUGCUUACGGAAACCUCAUGCAAGAUGACAUACAGGAAGCCUCACGAGAGUUGGAUGCAAUAAGAGACAGUAGAGAUGUGUCUCUCUGCACGUUAAUGGCCCUUGUUUACGCCGAGAAGAAAAAGGCAAACCCAGACCGAGACAUCAUUCAGGAACUUGACGCUAAGAUUAAAGAAGAUCGUAAAAGCGCUUCGCCCAAGAGUCUGUACCAUGCUGGAAUGUUUCUCUGGCUCUUGGGGCGCAAUGACAAAGCAAGGGAGUACACAGAGAGAAUGAUCAAACUCUCCAAGGGCUCUCGAGAGGGGACAAUCCUGAAGGCCUGGAUAGAUGUGACAUCUGGAAAAGAGGCCCAUGCCAGAAAGGCUGGAAAAUACUUUGAUGAGGCACUUAAAGAAAAAGCAGAUGUUUUUGCCCUCAUGGGAAAGGCACAAUAUUAUGAAUAUCGUCAGAACUACUCUGGAGCAUUGGAGAUGGUUAACCAGGUCAUUGUUGGUUUCCCUGGGUUCUUGCCUGCCCUCAACAAAAAGAUGAAGCUGUUGCUCAGCCUCCAGGACUGGGAGCAAACUAUAGACGCAGCACACAGACUUUUACAGAAGGAUAAAAAUAACCUUGAAGCUCUACAGAUGCUGGCUCUACAUUCUUUAUGUCGCGAGGGCAAUAUUGAAGAGGCAGUAAAGCAGCUUUCAAACCUCAUCAGUGGCUUGGAGUUUGUUGAACCACACAACCCUGAGCUUUUUUACAGGAUGUCUCUCGCCUUCACCCGUGUUUGUGGACGGAAUGAGAAAGUGAUUGAGCAGACUUUUCGGAUGGUGGAGAGAGCCUUCUCUGUGGCAUCAGGAGACUCAGAUUUAGCAACAGAGCUGGGCUACCAGUCUGUGCUGCACAGCAGAAUCAAGGAUGCUAUGAAGUGGUAUAAGAAGGCCAUGACUCUGGAUGAAACAAGUGUUUGUGCGAUGACUGGUAUAAUUCGUUGCCAGCUGUUAGAAGGCCAUCUGGACGACGCAGAAGAACGCUUGGAAUGUCUGACAGAGAUUCAACAGUCUAUUGGAAAAUCAGGGGAGCUUCUGUACUUACGUGCUGUUCUGGCAGUAAAAAAGCGCCGGCCCCAAGAAGAAGUGACAAACCUUUUGAAUGAUGCUGUGGACACACACUUCUCCACGCUGCAGGGUUUGCCUUUGGGGGUCGAGUACUUUGAGAAGCUGAAUCCUGAUUUCCUGUUGGAGAUUGUAAAAGAGUAUCUUGCACUAUGUCCUGCUAAGCCUCCAGCACAGGGUCUCCCCCCUGCCCCUCAGCUCCAGCACUGUGCCACUUUGUUGGACACUGUGGUCAAGAUUGUGCCAGGUCUCCCCCAGGGAGUCUUUCUUCUGGCCAAAGUCCGAUAUCAGUCUGGUGAAAUUGACGCUGCUCAGAGCAGCCUACAACACUGUCUGGACCAGUGUCCUGCUCACGCAGACGCUCAUCUACUGAUGGCACAGAUUCAUCUGCUGCAGGGGAACUUCACAUUGUGCUCCCAGUCUCUGGAGCUCUGCCUCAGCCACAGCUUUGAGAUUCGGGAUCAUCCGUUGUACCACCUGAUCAAGGCUCAGGCUCAGAAGAAAAUGGGUGAGCUGAAGGAGGCUAUUCAGACACUGCAGAUGGCCAUGAGUCUUCCAGGAGUCCGCAGAGCUGGAUCAUCAUACAAGUCCAAGACCAAGAAGAUUGAGCUGAGUCCCGCCGACUGUGUCUCUGUUUUCCUGGAGUUAGCCGAGGCACUUUGGCUUAAUGGAGAACAGCAUGAAGCAGCAAAAGUGAUGCAGGAUGCCAUCAAUGAGUUCUCAGGGACUCCUGAGGAGCUACGUGUCACUAUUGCCAACGCAGACCUGGCCCUGCUGCGCGGUGACACGGAGCUGGCACUGAGCAUGCUCAGAAACAUUACCCCUGAGCAGCCCUACUACAUCCAAGCCAAGGAGAAAAUGGGAGACAUAUAUCUGAACCACAGGAAAGAGAAACGUCUGUAUGCAAGCUGUUACAGAGAAAUGGUGGAGAAGCUGCCAAGCCCCCAUACAUACCUGUUACUAGGAGAUGCCUACAUUAACAUUCAAGAACCUGAGAAAGCCAUUGAGGUUUAUGAGCACGCUCUGAAGAAAAACCCCAAAGAUGGAGCUUUAGCCAGCAAGAUCGGGAAAGCCCUCGUCAAGACUCACAACUACGCCAAGGCAAUGAAUUAUUACGAAGCUGCCCUGAAGACUGAGCAGCAGAAUUUCCUGCGUUAUGACCUGGCUGAGCUGCUGAUGAAGAUGAAGCAGUACGAGCGCUGUGAGAGAGUCCUGCAGGAAGCUUUGGCUCAUGAACCAGCAGUAAAUGAACUUCUGGCGCUCUCUGAUGAUUGCCGUUAUUUGGUCCUGUUGGCAAAGGUUCAAAUUAAGGUCGAAAAAAACGAAGACGCUUUACAUUCAUUACAAAACGCCCGGGAUGUGCAGGCCAAGGUGCUGAAGCGGGUUCAGUUGGAGCAGCCCGACGCCAUCCCCGUGCAAAAGCAGCUUGCUGCCGAGAUCUGCGCUGAGAUAGCUAAACACUACACGAGUCAGAGGGGCUAUGAGAGAGCAGUCAAAUUCUACAAAGAAGCUCUUGUGUAUUGUGAGACUGAUCGCAAGGUGAUGCUGGAGUUGGCCCGCUUGUAUCUCACUCUAGACGAGGCUGAUGCAUGCCAGGAGCAAUGCAGCGUCAUUUUGAAAAGCGACCAGUAUAAUGAAGACGCUACUUUGAUGAUGGCUGAUAUUAUGUUUAGAAAGCAGGACUAUGACCAGGCAGUUUUCCACUUUCAACAACUUUUGGAGCGCAAACCAGACAAUUACCCAACAUUGUCACGUCUUAUUGACUUAUUAAGGAGGGCCGGGAAGUUGGAAGAAGUUCCUAGGUUUAUCGAUAUGGCAGAAAAACAUUCUUCCAGGACAAAGUUUGACCCAGGAUUUAACUACUGCAAAGGACUUUAUCUUUGGUUUACUGGCCAGCCCAAUGAAGCUCUGCGACACUUCAACAAAGCACGAAAAGACAAUGAUUGGGGUCAAAAUGCAGUGUAUAACAUGAUUGAAAUCUACCUGAACCCUGACAAUGAAACCAUAGGAGGAGAAGUGUUUGAGACUUUGGAUGGGGAAAUAGGGAACUCCACUGAGAAGCAGGAGUCUGAGCAGCUCGCUGUGAGAACAGCCGAGAAGCUGCUGAAGGAGUUAAAGCCUCAGACAGCGGGCGGACUCGUACAACUCCACAUCCUGGAGAACUACUGCUAUCUGGCUACUAAGCAGAAGGCCAAUGUAGAGAAAGCCCUUGGUGUGUUGACGGAGAUCGCAAACAAUGAGAAAGACCACGUUCCAGCACUCUUGGCCAUGGCGACAGCUUAUAUGAUGCUGAAACAAACUCCCCGAGCCAGGAACCAGCUUAAACGCAUAGCUAAAAUGAACUGGAGCAUUGUCGACGCUGACGAGUUCGAGAAGAGCUGGCUGCUCUUGGCAGACAUCUACAUCCAUUCGGGGAAGUAUGACAUGGCCGGGGACCUCUUAAAAAGAUGCCUCAACCAUAACAAGUCAUGCUGUAAAGCUUAUGAAUAUCAAGGAUACAUAAUGGAAAAAGAGCAGGCUUUCCGUGAUGCAGCAUUCAACUAUGAAAUGGCUUGGAAAUAUGGAAAUCGGACGAACCCAUCUAUUGGAUACAAGCUUGCUUUCAAUUACUUAAAAGCAAAGCGGCAUGUUGAUGCCAUUGAUGUGUGUCAUAAGGUUCUCUCUGCUCACCCAAAUUAUCCAAGAAUGAGAAAGGACAUACUGGACAAAGCUCGGGCUGCUCUGAGACCUUAGAGCUGAAACUUAGUGUGCAGAGAGAGGGACCCCUUUUUUUAUUGUUUUCUCUUUUUUUUACUGUCUUGUUAAAAAAAAGAAUGUGCUGCUUUUUUAAAUAACUUCUGUGGGGAAACCCCUUAAACAUAUUCCUAUGUUAAUUUCUUUAAGUAUAUGAAUAGUUGUGUGCUGGCAAUCCUGAUGGAAAACCUCAGUGCAGAUUCAUUCAAGCACGUGCUGUGCUGAAAGCGUUUUUAAUCUUCCCUUACAAGUCCAUUAUAUGUUGAUGGGAUCCAGUUUAAAAUAUUUUGGAGCAAAGAAAGAAGGAGAUAUUGGAGAAAGAGAGAAAGAUUUUUACCUGAACGUAAGAAAACUUCUGUAAUUUGACACAACAUUAAAUAUGUAUUUGAAUUUACUUAUUACAGUUAAUUUUAUGUGAAUCUAUGUUGUAAUGUUUUUACAAGCUGAUAUUUAAAAAAUAAACAUAUUUGUGUAUAUAA